GUAAAUAUUUUUUAUACAGUAAAUGCUCAAAACUUAAGUUAUUACGUUAUGUACGUUUAUUUCUUUUUCUUGAUUGUGAUGAUAGCAAAAUCAAAAAAUUUUACUUUGAGUUCUAGACCUCAACAUCUGAUAAUCCACUACUUUAUUCUUUGUGCUCUUCCCCCUCCCCCUCUCCUCCCCCCUGCUUUUCUUUUUUGAAAUUCGCUAUUGUUUAUCUUAAAUGAUUAAUUUGUUGUUUAGAAAGCAAAUUUUGUUGCUAGUGUUAAAAUUUAAUAAAUUAAAUUUUAUGGGUCUCUCAAUAUGAUUUCGCCUUAGGCCAUAAGAUGUGUUGAGCCGUCCCUGAUAAUAACAUAGUAGUGAAAUACAAUAAUUAACAAGAAUAAAAAGAACAACAAAGAUACAAAAAUUUAAUGUGAAAAACCCUUUUGAAUAAGGAAAAAAACUAUCGAACCGAGAGGAGCAAAAUAAUCUACUAUAAUAAGGAAUUUUACGCUCUAUAAUCCCAAAUAAAAUACUCUAGGGACCACUGAUCACUCAACUGAAUGAAGCUCAGCCAAUCAGAAGGCUUGUCUCGUUGCAACUUGUUAGUACAACUUGAAAAAUUGAUAUCAAAACCAAGUCUGACCAAAACUUGGUUUGGUUAUCUGACAUCCUUUUUAUUUUUUUCUGUUCUUUUAAUCAGUAUGGACCCCAUCAUUCAUCAAUACAUAAAAUUUCGUGAAGAUGAGGAAUUCGGCACACAUUCAUGUGCAAACUAUAAGUGUCUUAUCGACCUAACUAAAAAGAACUAGCUGCCAGAUUAAAACACUCCUAUUGACUAUGGAUUCUACAAGUUUUCUGGAAAUUUCUAUUAAAUUUCAAAGCUUGUAAGUAUUGUUUGCUUAUCUUUAACAACUAUACUAAGUAGGACGUGAAACUAACCAAAAAAGGAAAUAAAAUAAAACAAAUGGGAGCUAUUAGGGAAUUAAAGAUGUUAGAGAUAAAAAUAGUAAAUACUCUAAUUCUUUAUUGAAAACAAUUAUAUAUAUACCGCAAAAUCUUUCUUGAACAAUAUAAUCGUGCAGCAAAGAAAUUACUCAAUGGCGAAGAUUGGAGGAUUUGCCAAGAGAUGGUCUCUUACUGGUUUGACUGCUCUUGUCACUGGUGGCACUUCUGGAAUUGGGCAUGCAGUUGUAGAGGAGCUUGCGCAACUAAGUGCAACCGUUUACACAUGUUCGAAGACAGAGUCAGAGCUAAAUGAACCAAUGCAAGACUGGGCAGACAAAGGCUUUCAAGUAAGAGGUUCCGUAUGUGAUGUAACUUGUAGAGACCAAAGAGUUGAACUCAUGGAAAAGGUUUCCUCUGCAUUCCAUGGAAAACUCAACAUUCUUUGGCAAUGAAUCAGCUUACGCAACAUUUGGCUUGUGAAUGGGCUAAAGAUGGUGUUCGGGUUAAUGGUAUUGUGCCCUGGUUCAUAAAUACGCCACUCGUGGAACAUGUAAUAUUCUCUCAUCUUGCUUCAACGCUCCUGCAUUUUACUAUGGAUUUAACUUAUAUACAUUGAUCACUGUAUAAUUUUUUUAUACAUUUUCCAUGUAUUUUAGCCAAUCGUGAUAGGUUAUUAACUUCCUUUUUACUUUGUUAAAUUAAGAGAAUAUUUUGAUAACCUUAAAAUUAAAACUGGUCGAACCAGCUUUUAAGAUUACUAUAGACAGUUUCUUGUUUUUAUAAGGCCAUCAUGAACUGAUGGUGCAAAAACUUGUAUUGUCUCCGUAAGAAGUUUUAAACUUAUAUCUGUUACCAGUGUAAUGAAACUUUUACACCAUCUCUCCAA